AUGGAUGAUAUCGGCAUCAACAUGGGCAUCCCCGGUGAUUCGGGGUACCCCACUUCACCCACUUCAGAGGCAGCGCCUGAUCAGAACCCUGUCACCAAUCGUGUGAUGUCACCAAAUCCAUCACAGCACCAGACCAGGCCAGAGGGGUUUUCUCCCUCUACAACGCCUAUACUGACUACUAAAGACCCGUCUAGUUGCAACAGUCUGCUGUCCAACUUCAAACUCCUGAUGAACAGUGAAGGCUCGCCGACCGACAGUGUCUUCAGUAAGCUGGUUCAGGAGUGCUGUGAUAACGAAGAAGACCUGUUUGGGGAGAAACUGGGAGUGGAGGACGGGGAUCCGAAAGUGGUCAUCAAUAUUUCAGGCAUGAUGUUUGAGACACAACUCAAAACUUUAUCGCAGUUCCCAGACUCCCUCCUGGGAGACCCCAUGAAAAGGAUGGAAUACUUUGACCCGAUGAAGAACGAGUACUUUUUCGACCGGAACCGUCCCAGCUUUGAUGGGAUCUUGUACUUCUAUCAGUCUGGGGGCAAAGUCCGAAGACCGGCCAACGUCCCCUUAGAGAUUUUCGCAAGAGAGAUAGUUUUCUAUGAGUUAGGAAGAGAAGCUAUGGAACAGUUCCGGGAAAUUGAGGGGUUCAUAACAGAACCUGAGCCGCUGUUGCCCACCAACGAGGUCCACAAGCAGUUCUGGCUCCUGUUUGAGUAUCCGGAGAGUUCCAGUGCAGCUAGGUCAGUGGCCCUGGUGUCUGUCUUCGUUAUUGUCAUCUCUAUCUUCAUUUUCUGCCUGGAGACUCUGCCAGAGUUCCGUGACGACGUAGACUUUAUCACCACCUUUUCCCUGGGGGUCAAUGGAACCCAGGAGGGUCCUCCUAUAGUCCAAAAAGACUUAUUCGCCUAUUUCACAGACCCCUUUUUCAUUGUGGAAACCAUCUGCAUAAUUUGGUUUUGCUUUGAGCUUGGCGUACGCUUUGUGGUCUGCCCCAGCAAAAGUGACUUCUUCCACAACAUUAUGAACACCAUUGACAUUGUCUCUAUAAUACCCUAUUUCGUAACCAUGGCUACAGAGCUGUACACCACGCCAGAUGAAGACAUCAACUCCAGCCAAAACAUGUCACUAGCCAUCUUACGCAUCAUCCGUCUAGUGCGAGUCUUCCGGAUCUUUAAGCUGUCGCGACACUCCAAGGGACUUCAGAUCCUGGGCCAGACCCUGAAGGCUAGUAUGAGGGAGCUGGGUCUGUUGAUCUUCUUCCUCUUUAUUGGAGUCAUACUGUUCUCCAGUGCCAUCUACUUUGCUGAGGUGGACGAGCCCCACACACAGUUUGUCAGUAUCCCUGACGGGUUCUGGUGGGCUGUGGUGACAAUGACCACUGUGGGAUACGGGGACAUGUGCCCUACUACUUUGGGAGGCAAAAUGGUGGGGACUCUCUGUGCCAUUUCCGGCGUGUUGACCAUCGCCUUACCCGUCCCUGUUAUCGUCUCCAACUUUAACUAUUUCUACCACCGGGAGACAGAGCAAGCAGAGAAACAAGUGAUUGACGAUGCAGCAGAAGCAGCUCAGAAAAUAACCGACGCAAAUAAGUAUGAGUAUGGUAGCACACCCUCUCUUAACAUUAACACAAUCAAUGGUAGCUUGCAGAAUGACAAGAAUGGUAUGUAA